AAAUGUAAACACUGAUCUAUACUAAUGGAGACCUUUGUAUGGUAGCUUGCUAGACUUUUUACUGCUGCUUUUCCAUCAAAAGUAACAUGGCAGAGCUGCUCCAUUGUUGCUUAGUUUUGUUCUUUUACAUCUUUAAUAUAUUUUGACUAUACCUGUUUAGUAUUAAACGCUAACCAGCUCCGCUUUAGCUAUCUAGGUUAGUUAGCUAGUGUUACUGCUCGGGGGUUAACGUUAGCAAAGACAACACGAUAACGUUAAUGUAAUCAGGUUAGUUGUCCCUUAAAUUAUCUAACGUUACUACCUACCGUAUCCUGAUGCAACCUGAUGGAGGACUACGACACGUUUGUGCAGCGUCGUCUCUCCCAGCUAAGGAGAAGUGAGGAAGAGGAGGAGGAGGAGGGACAGAGCAGACCUUCACCUACAUCCUCUCUCAUCAGCGUCUAUGGACGACCCAUCCUUCCCCCCCUGCUGUCAGGGGAGCAGAGGGAGGAGAUGCAGCGACACAGAGAUGCAGCACAGAAAGCUGCUGGCAAAAGAAAGUUGAAGGAUGAGCCAAGAAUGGCCUGUGUGCAAAAUAUUCUGCGCAGUGUUCAGCUGAGGAAGACACCAACACUGGAGGAGUUGCUUCAGGAGUCAGAGAUUAACACAAAAUCUUCAUAUCCCCACAACACCAGUGGUGGAUCACAGAGUAAUUUUUUUAUCGGAACAAAAGAUAAUGUGUCGCUCUCGCCAUCCCCUGUAAGGAAAGGAAAGGAUGGGCGUUCUCUUCCUCCGAUGAAAUCAGCGAUGUAUAGUGCCUUUUUCACUUCUGAUGUGACACCUCAACAGAGUUACAAUGAAGGAUGCCUUGUUGACCAACAUGACAGCCAACGGGGGUCACAGCCAAGUUCCCUUAAUGGUGCCUGCCACCAGUCACUGACCUACGAGAAUGUCAAAAACACCAUCAGUGUCUCCGGAAUGAUUGAUGCAGGGGGCGAGAGCCGUGGCUUUGGCUCUUCAGAGGGAGCUUAUGGUAUGGGUGGCUUUUUGCUUCACAGCACCUCAGACACAAUCACCAAGAUGCCAGAAAUUAUUAGCCAUCCUCCCAUAGAUGGAGAGGAAUUGGAGAGGAAUGGACUGGACUCAUCCUUUUGUUAUAACUUUAGAGCAGUAAAAGGCAUUUGUUGCACCUCAUUCCAGGAGUGUUCAAUCAUAUGUGACCUUUUACCAUCAGAAAAAUCUGAAAGCAGUCAUCUGGACAGCACACAGACUGGAGCUAACCCUCAUUCUACUACAGUACUUGACCUUGACAAAGAUCACAUUUUGGAAAGAAGUGAGGACCCAGUCUCUUUAUCAGAAAACAGUGGCUUUUCGGAUAAUCCCGAGUUAUCGGAGACAUCAAGCGUUCAUUGUUCUCCAACAACAGAACUGCAGAGUCAGCAUGAACCCACAGAAACAGAACCAGCAGACAACCAUGUAGAUGAAGCAAGGCCAUCUGAGGAGCCUUAUCGUCUGAGCCUCCAGGCCUUGCUGAAGAAAUCUCAGGAGUAUCGGCGGCGCCAGCGGAUGCUUAGGAACCAAGCCAAAAACACUAAAAUCCAGGAGAGGACUCAAGAACAGCCAAGAGCAAGGGCAGAGGAGCAGAGCCUCUCUGAUAAGGAGAAUGACGAGUUUCCUCAUAAGGUGACUGUGACUACAGAAGGGAAGAGAACUAAAGAGAAGAGAGGCACUUUUAUCCCAACAGUUGUAACGUCAGUAAAGAAAUCCUGGGAAAAUGAGAGGAUGAUUGAGAGUGACUUCAAUGGGAAAAAGACUAAAGUUAAAUCUGAAAGCAUGCAUUUAAGAGGAGAUGGGAAUACUAAGGAAAUGACUAGAGUCGAGGAGGCAACAACUUUCAAAAAUAAUAAGCUGAACAUGUCACAAGAGGUCGUAACAGAGCCGAAACAAAUCAGCGCCUUCGCCCAGCAACAGCAUCUGUCAACAGAAGUCUCUCCGGACCAGGGAGCCUUUAACUUGACCAGUGAGCAGAGUACUACCUAUACCAAAGGUGUCUUUAAAGGAAUAGGGAAAUAUCACACUAUCCCAGCCCCUAAUUUCUGUAUGAGUCCUGUUCAUUGCAAAAGCAAAGGCAGUGUCAGAGAUUUGGAAACUGUUGAUGCGGCUGAGACCUCAAAGGGGAAAUUUGAUGGCAAUGCUGGCUUGAAUGAAGAACACAAUGUUGAAGAAAAAGGUAACCUGGGAUAUCAAAACAACCACGCAGCAGUUCCUUGUUUGGCUGUGAAUCUCAUGGUUGAAGGCAAUGCAACAAACGUUUUAGCCAAGAGUUCAGAGCACAUAGAUCAGCUUGAGUCAAACCUAUCCAGACUAAAAGUACUGAUCUCAGAUCUGGAGUCCACAGUGAAAGAAAACUUGGAGAAUCACAGCCAAACUGAGAGCAUCACGCAAAGUGAGUUCAGUUUUAAAGGUGUAGAGAACUCUGAGCAAAGUAAAAAUGAUCAACAUAUGCAGCUACAUCAAAAUGAUUGUGACUAUUGGGGGGACAGGCUGAGGGAUAGUGACGUUGAUACUAAUGAUGCAGAAUACAGGGAGUGGCCAAGAGGAGAAUUGUUUGACAAUAUCAAAAACAUGCGCGAAGAUACAGGACCUGAACCCAUCUUCAGUGACGCAGAAUAUAUUCCUCUCAUCAUGCAGGAAAAAGGAAAAGAGCCAGUUGACUUAAGAGAGAUUAGGCUAGUCCAAACCUUAGCUACAGAGAGAGUAAAGGAAAAAGGAACAGUUGAACAGGGACUUAGGAAGACCUAUGGACCACAUGGCAGCUGCAGAAAGCAGCAGCCACCAGCUAGGUGUAUCCUGUCUGCAGUACAGCAGAUGCGUAUUCCUGAUGCAUUCAGAAAUGUUCCAUCUGAAACCAUGGCUCCAUGUAACGUGUCAGUGCUUUCGGAUACCAGUAACCAUCCAGUGGAAAGGAGGAAUGAGAUGGCUGUGGAAGGUCAUGAUUCUCUCAACCGGUCAUAUAAUGUGGACAGACCAUCAGGCCUGUGGCUCCUCGAAAGGUCAGGGUCUGACUUGGGCUCAAAAAGUCACCUUGUUCAGGAGAAGCACCUGACCCCAGAGGAAUGGUGUGAAGGUCAAGGUGGGGUAUCCAAGGUCAAACGGAGACUGCUCAUGCACGCGACAGAGGAGACAGAAAAGAGUGCAGAUACCAGCAGAGGAACGGGCUGUGUGGUCAGACCCAGUUCCAGCACUCCUAGAGCAGCAGUACGGUUGAAUGAAGGCCAAGACCGUCAAGAGAACAAGCAAGAGCAAUUGAAACAGGCCCAUGCUGCUCAGGUCAGAGCCUUGCAAGAUGAGCACAGGAGACAACAGGAAGAACUGCUACAGGCGUUACCGUUGCGUUACCGUCAGCUCCAGAGCGUGUCCUUCCCCUGCUCCAUGUCAACCUCACGUCUCGGGGACACGCUGACCUUUUCUACCCUCUCUCAGCCUUCCAGCCCACUGUCAGAGCGCUACCGCCCCCUUCUGUCAGCAGCAAUGAAAGGUUUUCUAACUCGCAGGCUGCUGAGGACGGAGAGAGUGGCGCAGCUGGUGCGCACCAUUAGGGACACGCAGCAGUUCCUGCAUGCCUUCCAGCAGCAGAGUCCCAGCAGAGGAGAGUGCUGUAGCAGACAGGACCUCUUAUUGCAGGACAGAGUCACUCUGCAGCUGCGCGCUGCACGUUAUGAGGUCUACGACAUAUUCUUUAGCCUGUCAGCCGGAGAGAGGAUGCAGCUCAUCAGAUGGGACAGAGAGCUGGCCAGGGAGAGAGAGCUCAGACGACAGAGUGGACACACAGGCCAUCCCAGAGGAAAGAGUUCUCUGUCAGCCGCAACACAAAAAUCACUGGAGAGGAAGAGAGGAAUGAUGAUCCAGAAAAAGGUGGCAGAACGACACAGGGAGGUUGUGAUGAGGACUGGACACAAGACUGGAUUCUCUGCCGAGCAGCCACUGGAAACCAAACGAGGACAGUUCCGAGCAAAUCCUCAGAGGGUCCUCAAGAGCACUUACUCCACUAGACCCCGAUGAUGCUUUCCAAAUUAGCCCCAGUGAGGACUCCUAAUAAGGCCUCUAGCGAUUACAUUAAUAUUGUAUAACCAGUCAUCCGAAAAUUUCCAAAUCCAAAAUCCAAAUUUGACUCAAAGUGGUGCCUGUUGCUGACUAAUAUUUUUGUAUUUCAUAUCUAGAGUGCUGGGGAAUGUUUUUUUUUUUUUUUUUUUUCUUUUCUUAUUUUUUACCCUCCUCAACCAGGGUAUAUAUUAUUAUAGUGACUACAGUUCCACUCACUUAGAGUAGUUUCACAUUAAUUGGAUGCUCGGUGGUGGGGAAAACAUAUCACCGCAGCCGCUCUGUCUGCAACUGAAAUUCUUUACCAGUCUGUUUCACCACCUUCAGUGUACUCAUGUUGAAGAUGUCAGUGGAAAAAUGUUUUGCAGCCGGAGAUGUUUGGCAGCACCUUUAAAGAUCUGUGCACUGUACCUGAAAGAUGAUGUAUAAAACUUUUUUCACAGCAGACAUAGGAAACGCACAGGUGUAAUGAAUAAUGAUAAUGAUGGCUCCGUUCCAGUGGUUCCCAACCUGGGGAUCAUAAGGUAGAUCUUGCGAGAUGAUUGGCAUUUGAAAGCAGCAAAAAUAUACUUAUGCAACACAAGAUUAUAGUUUUGUUUUUGUUUUGUUUGAAAUCUUUGCAUUUUCCUUGUGAAUUACUGGACCAGGCCUCUAAAAAUAUCUCAAAUAAAUCAUUUUGUUGCGGGAAAAUUACCCUUUGGCUAAUUGUUUACAACAUGUAUACAUGCAACCUGUGAAAUAGCUCACCCAACUGCAGUGCAACCAUGAU